CGAAGCGUCUCGCCGCCGGAAACCCUCGCCGCCCUCUCCUCCUCCCGCCGGACCACCCCAUCGAAGGCGAGCAAGUCUCCCGGUAAGGAAUCCCUAGCUUUGCUUGGACGGCGCUUCGUUUUCUCGCUCACAUACCACCCUGACUUCUUCCGCCGUGGUGCCCCAUCCGGCGGCGCAUCCGCCCGCGUGCUCUGCCACGGGGAUUUGGGGAUCGAUCUCUGACGGGAUUCGGGAACCAAAUUGGGUGAUUAAUUCCGACGACGCCCCUGGAGACCCGGGGAUGCGGCUGCAGAACGACGGAUUGUUGUCUGCCAUGGGUGACUACACAAUCCGGAUAAGCACCAGCUUGAUCGACCAGCUCACACGCGAUGACGAGAAGGUGAAAAGGAGGACCAGGAAACCCAAGCCGAAGAAGGUCGUGGAGCGACAAGAGGAGCCUCAGGACAAUGGCCGGGAACUUCCAAGCGAGCCCAAGAGCAGCCCUGCCCCCGCUCCUGGGUGGGCGCUGCCGCCCCCCAUGUACCUACCAGUGACCCCUGCUCCUCCACCACCCCUGCCGGCAAUCCAGGAAGUUGAAACCAUACGCGACGUGGUGGCGGAGAGCGAGAAUGUGCUGGAGAAGCUGCAGAAGCAGGAAGCGACGAUGCGUGAGGAGCUUACCAGGAGGGCCAAGGAGCUGCACGACAAGGAGUUCAAGCUGCUCUACCAGAACCCCUCGCCGUGCACCGACGAGAGGGCAGGCUGCACCGAUUGCUACCGGAGCAACACCCAGGAUCCGCUCAAGUGCGCCGAGGCGGUCAAAAGGUUCGAGGCGUGCGUUCGCAUGGCGAGUCGGAUGGGGGCUGCUCAGUGAGUCGGAGCGAGUGAGCGAGGUGUCGUACACACGAUUUUGGUUUGUCGGGAUGAUUGUAUAACCUGAAAAUCGGUUUGUCGGGAUGAUUGAAUAAUCUGAAUGGAUUUUCGGUGAGACCUGAAACAUCAUCAGGUGUAGAUUAGAAUUCUGGUGAGGUACUGCACCGGUGCUGGCAAGAUGCCAUGAGUGUCCUUGAUGAAUUUAGGGCCUGAUUCCAUGUUUACUUACAUACUAGAAAACGAAACAUGAAUUUGCAUGGUUUGAAUUAAUGUUUCCCGAUGAGUAUAUUUAGGUAAAA